AUGGAGUUCCUGGACAAGAUGGCGGAAAGGACGUUCGCUUUCCUGCCGUUCACCCCAGGAGGAGACAUGAGGUUCAAUUUCCGACUAUUCGUUCCUGUCACUGUUGGCUACCAGAGUUUCGGCGGAGGAGGGAACUCGGACUCGGACCAGUCGGACGCCGAGACGGUCGAAGACUGGCCUGGUGAUACUCGCUCUCGCCGUCUCGGCAGUCCACGAUACAAACGACAUGCCAAAAGGCUCAGUCAGAAUCAGAAACAGCCGGACGAAAGGAAGCGAGAACGAGAUCGGCUCCGGGAGAAAAAGCGGAUCGCUGAAGGCUGGGAAAAAGGAACCACAUCUCCGAAAGAAGAGAUGAAAAAGAAUCCUGAGAUUGCGAUUAAAAACAACGAAGAGAAAGUGGAGGAAGAAGUGGGAGCCGGAGGCAGGGAGUCGCCACAGACAACAAAGGCAGAUGAGGGACAAACUCAGACUCGCCAGGCGCAGAUAGACCGAGUGGCUCAAGUCCCCGACGAAGAGAAGAUUGGCGAAGGAUCCGGGGAGAACAAAGCAGAAGGGAAAGAGGAGAAAGAGAGGGAGAUGAACGUAACAUCAUCCGAGGUUCGGGGAUCGUCGAAGGAAGAAGUCUUCAACCAACUAAUGAGAGUAUUGCAGGAGGAACUCAGCGCAACCAAGAUUUUUGAUGAGACUGCUGCACUGAUGAAUAUGGAGGAGUACGCGAGACGAUUCCAAGGGAGCAGCCGACCGUUGUCCACAUAUUCCCGUCCAACCUCAUCCGUUUUCAUCAGGCCUAGCUCCUAUCUAGAAAGGCCAAGCAAGCCCCCGUUUCACUCCUACGAUCGUCCUUAUGACGCCCGACCAUCGUUCUUCACUACCAGACCCUCCUCGUCAAGCUUCGACUCCAGACCAACUUCCACGCUUGGCUCCAAUUCCUUCGACGACAUCCCGUCCAGUUUCGACAUCAGCAACAUUAGGCCCCCACCGAGUAUCGACUCAAACGCCUUUGGCAUCGGCAUCAGCAGGCCGCCAUCGAGUUUCGAUUCCAGCAUCUUGAGCAACAGCAGGCCACCGUCGAUUUUCGAUACCGGCGUCUUGAGCGUCAGCAGGCCACCGUCGAAUGUCGAUUCCGGCAUCUUGAGCGUCAACAGGCCGCAGUCGAGUGUCGAUUCCGGCAUCUUGAGCGUCAGCAGGCCACCGUCAAGUUUCGAUUCUAGCUCCUCGAGUAGUAGCAAGCCACCCUCAACGAGUUUUUCGAGCAAUCGGCCUUCACCGUCCCAUGGCUUCACGACCCAAGUAGACAACAACGGGAGACCGAUUGCGUCCUACCUGAUCCCAUUCGACAGGCCCAGCUAUCUGGUUCCACACGGUCCAACUCAGACGGUCACAUCUCGACCCUCGCCUGCACCGGUGAUACCCGUGGAGCGCCCUCAAUUACCAAAACCUCCCCCCACGAUAUCACCGCUACCAGAUCCCGAUGCCGAGGAAAUCGCCAAACGACUCCAGAAGCUGGAUUUCUUCUUCGAAAACCUGAACAUUCCCAACGAGCAGUGCAAGCAGAUGCUGAUGUGUGAGUUGGCCUUCAACGAAACCUUGUACGAGCCACUGAGUGACAUCUUCCUCGACGAGAUCAGACACUUAGGAGACCUGACUCGGCUGAAAACAUCAAUUGGUUCUAGUAACGAGGGAGUACGAUUCAUGACCUAUAUGCAAGCGGCUGUCAAAGGCAAGGACAACCCUCUACCAUGCCGUCCCUACGAAACAAAGUGCCGACAAGGCCCUGAAGACAUGAUCAACCUUGAAGCACUCACUCUCUGGAAGGACAUCUCGAAGUGGCUCACCAUCAAAGUUCUUAGUCGAAAGGCCCCACAAGGGUUUUCUGGGAUAAAACGCAUUGUGGAGGUGUGUCAAGAAAUUUCUGCGACUGUGAUUCAGAAAGUGCGGUUGCAGUGGAGAUUGCGUCUUCAACUAUGUGUGCGACACAACGGCGGACACUUUGAACAGAUUAUGUAA